AAAUUAUUUUGGCACAACAUUGUCAGCGGGAAGAACCCAUCAUCCAUUGAGGUGAUCCGGUCGCCGAUCAAAAAUAGCUCGUUGUUCCUGGGUUUCGGGCUGGUCCACAUGUUCGGCAACCGCCUAACCAUAAGCGGCGACAUCAACUCGAGGUUGCUGGGCCGGGCCCAGGGAUUCUACUCCCAAACAGGCCAGGACGAGAUGGCCCUCCUCAUGGCACAGAACUUUGCCUUCCUGGAGGGCAAGUACAACGGCAGCACCAUCACUGUGCUCGGUCGCAACCCCAUACUCAAUGCCAUCAGGGAGCUGCCGAUCGUUGGCGUCAGUGGCAUCUUCCGCUUCGCCCGUGGAUAUGUACAACUCCGGACCCACAACUUUGAUCUCAACACCCUGGACGCCACUGUGGAGUAUAAGGUUUAUGUGUUGCAUUAUGAUUGA